GAUAGAUCUCCUCCUUCCCUCCUUCUCCUUCUCCUUCUCCUUCCUCCCUGUUCCUUCUCUCUUCCUUUCUUCGCUCCUCUAUACCUUCGAUUUUCCCUCCCCUGUCUCCUAGGAUCUUUCUCACUGCCCCUCACAAUGGCUGCUCCUCAGGGAUACCCUCUUCUGUGCUUGGAGAACCCCCUCCUCGACAUCCAGGCUGUUGGUGAUGCUGCCCUUCUCCAGAAGUAUGGCCUGAAGGACAACGAUGCCAUCCUUGCCGAAGAAAAGCACAUGGAUCUCUACGGAGAGCUGUUCCAGAAGCAGGAUGUGAAGCUGAUCGCCGGUGGUGCUGCUCAGAACACUGCCCGUGGUGCUCAGUACAUCCUCCCCGACAACUCUGUCCUCUACAUCGGCUGCGUCGGCCGUGACAAGGAAGCCGAAAUCCUGAAGGAGGCCUGCGCCAAGGCCGGUGUCCAUACCGAAUACCGUAUCGAUGAUGCCCAGCCCACUGGCAAGUGCGGUGUGAUCAUCACUGGCCACAACCGCAGCAUGUGCACCCACCUUGCUGCGGCCAACGAGUACAAGAUCGACCAUCUGAAGCAGCCUCACAUCUGGUCUCUCGUCGAGAAGGCACAGUUCUACUACGUCGGUGGUUUCCACUUGACUGUGUGUGUUCCUGCCAUCGAGGCCCUUGGUCAGGAAGCUGCUGCCAAAAACAAGGUCUUCAUGCUUAACCUCUCUGCCCCCUUCAUCGCCCAGUUCUUCAAGGAGCAGCUGGACACUGUUCUCCCCUACACCGACUACACCUUCUGUAACGAGACUGAGGCUCGUGCUUUCUCCGAGAGCCACAGCUGGGGAACUGACGAUGUCGUCGAGAUCGCCAAGAAGUUGGCUCAGCUGCCCAAGAAGAAUACCAGUCGUCCCCGCGUUGCCAUCGUGACUCAGGGCACUCUCCCCACCGUCGCUGCUAUUGGUAAGCCCAGCGGUGAGGUUGAGGUCAAGGAGUUCCCCGUGCGCGAGAUCCCCAAGAGCAGCAUCAACGACACCAACGGUGCCGGUGACGCUUUCUGCGGUGGUUUCUGCGGUGGUAUCGUUCAGGGCAAGUCUCUCGAAGAGAGCAUCGACAUGGGCCAGUGGCUUGCUUCCCUCAGCAUCCAAGAAUUGGGUGCCUCGUUCCCCUUCCCCAAGCAGGCCUACAGCCCUACCAACCGGUCCUAAGCAUCUUCACUAAAUCCCCCUCAUCGAACACCCGCCAUUCGCGAAUCAUGGGGCCAUAGCACUUUCC